AUGUCCUCCACCCCCAAGAACAUCCUAGUCAUCGGCGCCGGGGAACUAGGCACGCAAGUCCUCCGCUCGCUCGCCGCGCACCCCAACCGCGGCGCCACGCAACUCACCGUCCUCCUCCGCCCCUCGCGCAUCGCUUCCCCCAACGACGAACUCACCACCACCCUGCACACUCUCAACAUCGACUCUCUCCCCAGCGACAUCGCCACAGACCCAGAGUCUCACCUGACGCAGCUCUUCCGCAAUUACGACACCAUCAUCAGCUGCACGGGUUUCGCCGCCGGACCCGGCGUGCAGCUCAAGCUCGCGCGCGCCGUCCUCGCCGCGCAGGUCCCGCGCUACAUCCCCUGGCAGUUCGGGGUAGACUACGACGUGAUCGGCCGGGGAUCAGCGCAGGAGCUGUUUGACGAGCAGCUGGACGUGCGGGUGUUGCUCCGCUCGCAGACUGCGACGCAAUGGGUGAUCGUGUCGACGGGUAUGUUCACCAGCUUCCUCUUUGAUGCGGGGUUCGGGGUGGUGGAUGCCCGUGCGGGGGCUGUGCGGGCGCUGGGGAGCUGGGAGAAUCGGGUGACGGUCACGGCCGUGGAGGAUAUUGGGAGGAUUACGGCGGAGGUGGUGCUCGGGGGGUCUUGGGGAGGGGUGGUUGGGAAUCAGGUACUGAAGGUGGCGGGGGAUACCUUGAGUUACGGGGAGUUAGCGGGGCUGGUGGAGAGGGUUACUGGCAGGGAAUUCAAGCGGGAGGUGAGGACAGUGGAGGCUGCGCGAGCGGAUUUGAAGAAGGAGCCUGGCAAUGGGUUGUUCAAGUACCAGGUUGUGUUUGGGGAGGGGAGGGGCGUCGCGUGGGAUUUGCAGGAGACGUGGAAUUAUCAGGUGGGGUUGCGGGCGUUGACGGCGGAGGAGUGGGCGAGGAAGUAUUGGGUAGAGUAG